AUGGACCCCGCCGGGCAGCCCCAGCAGCCUCCGUCGGCGGCCCCGCAGCAGCAGCAGCCGUCGGGGGGGCAGCAGCAGCAAGCGGCGUCGGGGCAGCCCCCUCCGGCGGCGCCGCCGCAGCAGCCGCAGCAACCCGUGUCCGGGGUCCCCCCGGCCGGCCACCAGAUCGUGCACGUGCGGGGCGACUCGGAGACCGACCUGGAGGCCCUCUUCAACGCCGUCAUGAACCCCAAGGGGGCCAACGUGCCCCACACGCUGCCCAUGAGGCUCCGCAAGCUGCCCGACUCCUUCUUCAAGCCGCCCGAGCCCAAGGCGCACUCCCGCCAGGCCAGCACAGAUGCAGGGACCGCAGGAGCCCUGGCUCCUCAGCACGUCCGGGCUCACUCUUCCCCAGCCUCGCUGCAGCUGGGCACAGUCUCUCCAGGGGCGCUCCCCCCUCCUGGUGUCGUUUCCGGAGCUUCACCAUCUUCACAGCAUCUUCGCCAACCAUCUUUUGAAAUCCCUGACGAUGUGCCCCUACCGCCGGGCUGGGAGAUGGCAAAAACUCCUUCUGGCCAGCGAUACUUUCUGAAUCACAUCGAUCAGACAACAACAUGGCAGGAUCCACGGAAGGCGCUCCUCUCCCAGAUGAACGUCACGGCCCCCACAAGCCCCCCUGUGCAGCAGAACAUCAUAAAUUCAGCAUCGGGCCCGCUCCCUGAUGGAUGGGAACAAGCCAUGACCCAGGAUGGAGAAAUUUACUACAUAAACCAUAAGAACAAGACCACAUCUUGGCUAGAUCCAAGGCUUGACCCACGCUUUGCGAUGAGCCAGAGAAUCAGCCAAAGCGCUCCAGUGAAGCAGCCGCCUCCAUUAGCCCCUCAGAGUCCAUCCGGUGGAGUCCUGGGAAGCGGCAGCUCCAGUCAGCAGCAGCAGAUGCGGCUGCAGCAGCUGCAGGUGGAGAAAGAGAGGCUGCGGCUGAAACACCAAGAACUGCUUCGGCAGGUGAGGCCACAGGCAUUGCGGAAUAUCAAUCCCAGCACAGCAAAUUCUCCAAAACGUCAGGAAUUGGCUCUCCGAAGUCAGCUUCCCAGCAUGGAGCAAGAUGGCGGCUCUCAGAAUCCAGUAUCUUCUCCCGGAAUGUCUCAAGAACUGAGAACUAUGACCACAAACAGCUCAGAUCCUUUCCUUAACAGUGGAACUUUUCACUCAAGAGACGAGAGCACCGACAGCGGCCUCAGCAUGAGCAGUUACAGUGUCCCCAGAACUCCAGAUGACUUUCUCAACAGUGUUGACGAAAUGGAUACAGGUGACAGUAUCAACCAAAGCAACAUCCCUUCGCAUCAGAACCGUUUCCCAGACUACCUUGAAGCCAUUCCAGGGACAAACGUGGACCUUGGGACGCUGGAAGGAGACGCCAUGAAUAUAGAAGGCGAGGAACUGAUGCCAAGCCUGCAGGAGGCUCUGAGUUCCGAUAUCCUUAAUGACAUGGAGUCUGUCCUGGCAGCCACCAGGCUAGAUAAAGAAAGCUUUCUUACCUGGUUAUAGGGGGGCCCUCAGGGAGACGAAGUUUGAAACCUUUGGAGGAUCUGAGGAGAUAAGACACGUACCUGACAUUGAGACAAG